UGAAGAUGGCUGUCUUCUGGUAUGUUAACUCCCUCCAUCAGAACAAUCAAUGAUGGAGGCAAUAAGCAGCUUAAAGCACCAGAAUACAUGGUGCAGCAUACCAAAAGUGGGGGCUGAGGUUGUGUGGUGAUUUGUAUUGUCAUGCUAGUUUUAUUCUCAGUACAUGGAAUGGAAAUUCAGCAGCACUUCACACACAUGUAAUGGGUUCAGUUUUAGAUGGGACAUGUAAUUGUAAUGUGUUUAUUUUGACAGUGACUUUGAGUUGAUGUACAAAUGUUUUGUGACAGUAACUGUAUGCACAACAUAGUCUUGCCUGAGUAGUCAGUAAUAUUUACCUUGUAUUAGGAACCUGAAUCCUGAUCAGUGUCACAUCCUUCAAAGUCUGAUUGUCAUUAUAAUAGAGCCCUCUUUCUCUGUCUUCCAGUCAGUGAAUUUUUUUAGCAAAAUUUGUUUGUGUUUUUCUCAGAUAUCUUACACAGAUACGUAAAUUAAUUUUCUUUUCAUCAUCAUAACUGAUGAGUUCUCUAUUAAUUUAAAAAUAUGUGUAUUCCCAUUAUGCAUCUCUGCCCUUUUGAAAAGGUUUCAUUACUUAUAAUUUGUGUCUCUUCAGAAAGACACAGCCCACAUGUUCAAUUCCUUUUCCAAACUAUGGACAUUACAUGACCAUUUAAUAUUCCUCGUGUAAUUUCACCAUUCUUUUUGUCUUCCCUAGAUGUGUAUUUACUUUUUAUUUACUCAGGGUGUGUGAACCAAGAUUUAUUAUACAUGCAAACUAAUGCAGUUUUUAGCACAAUUGAAUUAAUCUUUUAAACCUGUUCUUAUAACAUUUCACCGAAUCAUGAAACAUACGUAAUUGCAGCAGAACUAUAACUGGAAGACAUCAGUGAUUGGAAAUAAUGUGUUGAUAAAAAGAGUUUUAAUAAGUUUGUUGUUUAUCUUGACACUGACAAUAGUUGACUACAUAGUGUUAAAAUUAUGUCAGUAUAAAAAUAAGGUUAUGAGCAGAACCUAACCUCUACUAUAACAAUGGCUGCUGAUGCGUGGAAGCGUGGAAGGAAGCGAGUAACUUUGAAGUACAAGAAACCUCCAAAUCCAUUGUUUGAAAAGUGGCUUGAAGAGUGGAAGAAUGAAGCAGCUAGUAGGGGCUCAGAUAUGCAAUAUUGUUUUGCAAAGGCAUUAUCCUCAUUAAGAAGAUUUCCUCUUCCAUUAAAGAGUGGCAGAGACUGUGGAAUUCUAGAAUCUUUUGGCAACAGGUUAUGUAUAAUGUUAGACCGCAAACUUAAUGAAUACAGGAAGACUCAUCCAGAAGGAAUAGGUGACAGGUCUGAUGACAUAGUUACAUCUGUAAUUGCCAGCCCAGUAGCUUGCAGCGGCAGUCAGAGUGAGCCGAAGAGGAAAAAUUUAGGUAGGGUCAGAGUUGCCAGGAAUAAUAAGCAGUAUCUUCCAGCAUGGCGGUCAGGUCCAUACGCUAUUCUGCUAACACUUCAUGAAGAGUCACAGAAACCAGACUAUCCAGGAUUCCUUACAAAAACAGAGCUUCAGACAAUGGCACAACCUUUGUGUGACACGUCGUUCAAGAAGUUGGACCCCGGUUCUUUCUACACUGCGUGGUCGUGCAUUGUAGGACUCAUAAAACGAGGGCUUGUGCUGCGAAAUGGUUGUCCUGCGAAAUUCAGUUUAACUGAGGCUGGUGCAGACAUGGCUCAACAGCUUCGUGACAGGGGCAGUGCAUCACCAUCCAGACCUCUUGCUGAUGCUGCCCCUUGUAAUAUUCCAAUACACAUGUCUAGUAAUGGGCAUGCACCUUAUGCUGCUGCUAGUAACAUUGAUGUUGUAAACACACAUAUGUCUCAUGACAAGGAUUACCACCUUACCAUAUCUGUCAAGAAGAAAGACUGCAAAAACAGCCAUCCUAGUUUAAAGAAACCAUCCAUCAGGAAGUGUUACAAGCCUCCACCAAGACAGCAAAAAACUGCAGAUGAUACAGUUUUCCUGGUGCCUGGCUUGUUUGAUGUGAUACUCCUUGUAGACAAGCGUGAAACAACUGGACACUCUGGACAAAAACAUCUUGAGGGUGCAACUGUUGCAGAAUUGUCAAUUCUGGGCACAUUGUUUGAGGUCAGACACCUCACAGUGGGAGAUUUCAUAUGGGUCUGUCGUGACCGUGUGACAGGCCAGGAGCUGGUGUUACCAUACAUAGUGGAGCGGAAGCGAAUGGAUGACCUUGCCAGCAGCAUCCAAGACGGAAGAUUCCGUGAGCAGAAGUUCCGCAUGAAGCAGAGUGGGCUGCAGAACCUGAUAUACCUUGUGGAGAGUCAUGGCGACAACAGACGCACAUCCCUUCCACUGGAUACUCUGACCCAGGCAGCCAUUAACACUCAAGUGGUGAAUAUGUUCACAGUCAAGAUAACUUCCAGCCACCGCAACUCCAUGCGUUAUCUGUCUGUCAUGACACGCCAUCUAAGUGCCUCUUACUGCGACAAGACUUUCGUCAGCUGCCAUCGUGGCAAUCUGCCAUGCUGCCACAUCAGAGACGACCUCAUAUCUCUUAUGACAUUCUCAGAAUUCAACAAGUCUUCAUGUAAGACUAAGGCCAAGAGGGUGCAGGACUUAUUUAUGAAGCAACUCCUUCAACUGCACGGUCUCUCAGUUGAGAAGGUGCGAGCAAUACUUGAGCAGUACCCUACACUUCGAGACCUCAUGGCUGCGUACCAGGCUGAAGGCUCAGCUGGGGAGAAACUCCUUGCCAGCAUUCGCUAUGGCUUCCUGAACCGUCAUAUUGGACCGGUUAUCAGUAGGGCGAUACAUCGGUUCUACACCAACCGCCUUCUAUGAUAAGCAUGUUAUUGGAUACCUCACUGGUGAAUGAUAAUGCAGGAUGGAAACAAAUGGGGAAAAAUGUGGUAAAUAUUCAUUGCUUGAAACUUUAUUUCAUUACAUAUAUUUCUGAUAUUUUGAAUUCACAAUAAAAUAACAACCUGGAUCUGUA